AUCUGCGCAUGUCCCUAUGAGAUCGUAUACUAAAAAAAUGACUGAAAUGGCAGUUCAUUGAUCAAUUUUUGUAGUUAUUUACAUUUAAAUGUAUUUUUUUUGGUUAUUUGUUGUGAUUUAAAGGUGUGAAUAAUUCCGAAUGUUAAAUUAUUGAAAUUUGUGAAACACUCAACCUUGUAAUCGGACGAAUAAAGACAAACAAGCUAACAAGAAGUAGCUACUGAAAUUACUUGUUACACACAAACAUGAAUGUAGAGAUAACUGAUAAAAAGUGGUCAAGAUAUAUAUUUUCCCAGUCAAAUUUCUUGCUGCUCUAAUGGUUCUCACUCAGAAAAAUAAUAAAAUGAGUUCAGAACAACCUGUUAAGAAGAAGUUGAGACGAGAAAAUGAACAGGAAAAUUCUGACGAGCCUGAUUUUAUACACAACUUAGCCGAAGAUGCAGUCCCUACUGAUUUUCAAGCUCUCCAUUUAUCACUUCCUCUUCAUAUAAACGAAAAUGAUAUAACUCGAAAUACGGUGAAUUUACAUUAUAGUGAAAACGGUUUGUUUAGGACCAAUGAAGAUAAUAGUGAUAAGAAGAAUAAUGAUGAUGACGGUAUAAAUAGUUAUAAUAUUUCAAUAAAACCGGCUCCGGAUAUUUGUUCCCCUUCGAAAUCAUCUGAUGAUUUGUAUAUAGAUAGUUUAGACGAUUUUCAAAAAUAUUUGAUAAAACAAUGUUUAUGUGAAAUUCCGGAUAACGUUUUAAGGAAACAAUUCGAAGGGCAACAAAUUAAUGAUUCCGGUGGUAUUAGAACUACCAUAAUGUUAUCAGAAUGGUCUGAUAAAAAGAUUUUACAUUUUUUAUCGAAUCUCCAAUUGCUAUUCGACGUUUAUUUGAAACAAAAUAAUAAUGGUUUGAUUUGUUCGAAGAUCGUCAGUAUUUGUGAAGCCCUAAUUUGCAACGAAUACAAUUUAAUAGAACAAAUAAUUUCUUUAUGCGAAGCUCGUAAUAAAUACAUCAACUUUUUAGCGGCCAGAACUUUGAGCAGCUUUUUAGUUAUAGCUAAAACGAAUAUAAAUAACGAAUGGUUGGAAACUAUAGUUAAUUUCUUUUCGAGCGAAAAUUACGAUUUCGUUAAAAUACAAUUCGCUUUAGAAAUAGUAAAACGGGUAGUCGAAUGGAAAGAUAUCGAACAGCACGUUUUGGAAGUUACUGAAAUAACGGAAUCGGCAGGACCAAGUACUAAAAAUGACGAUAUUAAAUGUAUCACGGUACCGUUUACUGAUCCGGAAAGUUACGAUACUUCGUCGAUCAAAGGAUUAAUUAUUAAAAGUUUAGAAGCGAAAUGGCCGGAAUUGAUCCACAUGGUGCAACAUUUAUUAGUACACAAUAAUUCAGUUGCUGCUCAAACUUGCGUUUUAACUUUUUUAUCGUUAUGGGAAAGUACGAUUUCUAUUAAAGCCAAUUUAAGCGUUAUAGAUACAAAACCUUUUUAUACUCAUUUAGAAAUAUUCGUCGGAUUAUUAAAUAAUCAAUUACCACCUAUAAUAUGGAAAAAAAUAUUGUCUUUAUUUAACGAGGUGUUGUGUUACGGUAGCACUUUGGCUUUACAAGAUAUGUUACCGGAGGAUACUUGUCAAUUAGCACAUUUGUUAGUUAGGUACGUUAAGGAUUACCGUUUAUUGGAUAGUUUACCUUUCAAAAGGAACGAAGGUUUUAUAGUGAACAGCUUCGUUGGUACUAUAGUUAGUUUACAAGCCGGACAGAGUAACGUCGAUAGAACUUUAUUACAAAAAAUGAUUUUGUUGAUAUUAAAAUCCGUAGCUGUUACUAUAAAAGAAACUAGAUCUGAUAGUUCUGAUUCUAGUAUAGGAUCUGACGAUUCGGAUUUUUAUCAAGAUAUGCAACUAAUCGAGAGAUCUAUUAGAGACGUUUUAAAGAAAGUUGAUGUAUUCGUUAAGAAUUGUUUGGAUUUUCAUCCAGAAAGUCCAUUUUCGAAAAUUAUAGUUCAUCUUUUCAGCGAUCAGGAUGAUUAUAUGAUCGAAGCUAUGGUAUGUACUUUGGAUAUAACUAUAGGGAUAUCCUAUAGGAACGCCGUGUAUCCGGAUUUAUUAAACAUGUUAAAUCCCAUACAUUCGUUUAUAGAAUUUUUAAAAGUAGUUAGUCACGAUUCCGAUAUACUUUUAGAUUAUUUAGUCAGUAACGAAACUUGUUUUUUACUAUAUCUAUUGAGAUUUUUGAAAUUUACUAAAAGGAAUUGGUCCAGGUUUAUAAGUAGUUGCGGAGAGGGUAGUACUUCCCGUAGUAACGAAUUAGAUGAUACAAUGAGCGUUUUGAUUCGUUUAAAAAUGCAAAUAACUAGAUUAGUUUCCAAGGAUUUGUUUCCUUAUAACAUUACUCCGAUUUUGAGAUUAUUAGAAACCUGUGAAAAUUUAUACGAGGGGAACGAAUUUAGUUGAUAGUUGUAAUAUUCGAUAAUUUAACUAAAAGUACAAAUUAUUAUUGCCUUAAGUUUUAAUAAUUACUAUUCUAAUUAUUUAUAUUAAUAAUUUUAUAGUAUCGCAGUUCCCUGUAGAAAAAUCGAUUAAUUUUUUUUAGUCCAGGAGACGGCCGAUUUCCAUCAACUUCAAUACCAUCAAAUUUAUUGUACAUUAUAAACUUUAUAGGGUAGAUAAUGAAGAAAUUAUCAUUAUUUGAAUUAAUUUAAAGGUAAUUAAAAGAAAAAACGUGCCUAAAAAAUUGCCCUUAACCCUCCCAUAGGGAUCAGUUGAUGUAUUAACCAGUUCUUAUAGAAAAAGAAAAAUGAGAUUACUGUGCAAUGUCAAUUUUUGACUAAAAGUGACAUAAAAAUAUUAAUUUUUUUUUAAGUACUAAUAUACAACCCUGCUUGCUGUUUUUCAGGUACAAUAUACAAUAUAGAAAACUGGUAGGAAUAAUAAUACUAAAACUGAGACUGAAACUAUUUUUUUUUCUGCUUAUUCUACAUAUAGAACAGUGACACAAGUCAAAAUUCAUCAUAAUUCAGAUAAUACUAAAACAGAAAAUAUUUUUUUGGAAUGUGACUACAACGUAAUGUCUCCCGGACUAUUUGGACUUUAAAUGUUAUUAUAACCUCACUUAUUUGGAUAUAUUCCUUUAAAACUUUUUUUGAAAAACAUCUAUCGAUUUUCUAGUAUUUUUUUUUGUUAAUUUACACAAAAGAACGAAGAUUAUACUAUUCUGUAUCUCCAAUGGUACUGUACAUAUAAGAACUGAAUUAGAUUAAUGGUUUUUAUUUAUAUAUUUGUUAAAUUAUUAUAACAAUUUUGUAAAAUUUAGUUGUAAUUUUUAUAAUUUUCAUUAAUUUAUUAACAUUUUCUUCCUACGGCAUCUGUAAUAAUUUAUUCCAUCGAGUUUUGUAUAGAUUCUAUCUAAUUAUAUACCUAUUUAAAUGUAAAUAUGUAAUAUUUCUAUUUGAAUUGUCAAAAUAAAUAUUUUUUACAUAUA